CCUACGUAAGUACGUUUCUACACAGCGGAGGGGACGAGAAAACACCACCACGAGAGAUAUAGCCCUCCCAAUGUUAUCGCGCGCGUGUCUUACACACCUGUGUGUAUAUAUAAAUUCACCCCGUACUACGCAGCAGCUGCAGUAGUACGUACGAACGUUGCGUAUAUACGUAUAUACGCGUACAGUGCAGUGCACGGUGCAGUCUGCUCCGAUAAAAAAAAAAAAAGCAGCCCUUGAGUGAAGACGGCAACACGUGCUCUCUUCGCUAGUUAUUACUACCUGUCUGUUUUCUCUUCUUUGCGCGAGACUUGCAGCAAGCGUGUGCUACUUAAUUAUGUUCACCUACGAUAAAGUGUCUACUACGUGCAGUACUUGAGAGAGGGGGAGAGAAAAUAAUUUUCGCGUUUGUGAAAUAAAGAGAAAAAAAAAAAAUUAAGAAGGUAAGACUUGAUCCGUCUAUUAUUCGGAGAUCAUGGCAUACCUGCGCUCGGUGUUCCGCAGCACGAGCAUCGGGGGCUCGGGGAGCAGCUCAAGCAACAGCGCUACAAAUAGUGGUAGCGCCGGCGCCAAUAGUACCAGCAAUACCAGCAACAACAACAAUAACAACAACAACAACAAUAACGAGGACGAAGACGAGGAGAUGUCGUCGUCGGGUGCUCCGGUCCGUUCGCCGGGCGUCGUCGUGCUCUCGGGAUUUCUCAAGAAGCAAAAGUCCAUGAAGAAAAAGUUCUUUGCCCUAAAGGCCGAGGCACCGGGUUUUCAAGUUUGCUUGGAGUAUUACGACAGCAAGAAAAAAUUCGAGAGCAAUCAGCCGCCCAAGCGCUCGAUCAACGUUAGCAAGUGCCACAGUAUCGAGAGGCGCCACGACAACAAGCAUAAGCACGUGCUCUGUUUGCUGUACGCGAAAAAUGAGCGCUUCAACAUACUCAUGGAGAGCGAAAAAGAGCUCAAUCGGUGGUACGACGCGAUACAACUGCUACAGACCGGCACGACUUUCGAGCACACCUGGCUAGUAAACAUUCACAAGAGAGGCCUGGGCACGCGGCACAACCUCAACGGGCCUCAUAGGCUUCACCUUACCGAUCGGAUGUUGACGCUCGUCAAAAGCGAGGAUGAAUCGCGGCUCGAGCCGAUCGAUAUAGCCCUCACCAUGGUAAGGAGGGCCGGUUGCGUCGACCAGUUCUUUUACAUCGAAGUGGGUCGCUCGUCGUCCGUUGGUGACGGUGAGAUCUGGAUGGAGGUGGAGGACAGCAACAUCGCCCAGAACGUCUACUACACCAUCAACAACGCCAUGAUCCAUUUAGCACCGCUCAAAGUCAAGUCGGAAGAUGAUGGGCCAAAACCGAGGCUGCGCAGCUCGUCGGCUAACGAAGCCAGCAAGCCGAUCUCCGUACUCCAGAGAAGAUACACGACUCAGAAGCUGCAUGGCGUCUCGCCUCUAGAGGAACAGAGGAUUCACGAGGAGCAAUUGGACCCAUUAAAGGAUAAAAGUGUAACUGCAUCUGCUCCAUUGCAGAGUACACAAUUGCAGACUACCUCUACUUCUAAUACACAAAUGGGUCUGUUCUGUCACAGUAGUUCUAGCAGCAGCAGUAACAGCAGUGGCGGUGGUCCAGUCGCGGCAACAUCGACGGCGACGACGACCCUAGCAUCGAGCCUGAACCACCGUCGGCACUCAGUCGCUAGUCACUCGUCUACCCCCUCCCCCACGGUUAAUAACAGUCAUGUAUCCCAACAACAAUCCGCGACCGCAUCGUCGUCGAGCACGACAGGCACAACCGCGACCCCACCAGCUGUCUCACACCAAAGAACUCUGUCACUGCCUCUAGCCACUUGCGCUAUCAAUCAAACGCAAUCAUCAUCAUCAUCAUCCAAAAGAUCUAUGUUGCGCUGCGUAUCGUCGACGGGCCGAGACCGGUGCGACAGUCUGCCCUCGCGGGCGCGCACCACGAGCGAGAGCUACCCGAGCAACAGUGUCAGCCUCAUCACGAGUACAGCCGGGGAUGGACAACACCAGCAGUACACCAGCAGCAGCAGACUGGCCCACCACCUGCGACCGCACUCGAUGCAUCAUCACCACCAGCAGCAGCAGUCGCAGCUCCGGGGCCCGACCGGCAUGUCGUAUUCGCCACCCGUCAGCUCGAUGCCCAUCAGUCCGGCCUCCGGAGCGUGUUCCACCGAUUCAGCGGGCUCGUCCUUUUCGAUGGACGACGGCUCGGAGAAUACGGAGGAGGGUGCGCUCUCCAAGUACGGGCACUCGCUCACGCCCGACGAGCCAGUCAUACUCGAGGAGAACGGUGACGAAUACGUGCCUUGGUCGGCUAGUGGACACCAAAAGUUCUCGCCCAACUUCAAGUCCUGUUCACCGUCGCAGCAGAGUUCCUACGUAGAUAUGUACAGUCCAUGCGGUUCGAGUCCAGGCCGAAGCGGCUACAUGCCGAUGAGUCCAGCCACGACUGGUAUGCACUCACGUACCUCAUCGCUGGUUGAAGAAGGCACAACGCUGCCCGAUGGGUACGUUCCUAUGGCGCCACUUGGUGACGACGGCUACGUCGACAUGGAUCCCGUUAGCAACGCCAGUCACAAUGGACAUUUUGUCGACGAUAUGUCACAGCACGGUGGUAGCAGCUGUUCCGUCACGUCGGGCACCCCGAGUACGGACAUGAGAUUCAUAGAUUUUCAUCUGGAUAGGGUCAGCAGUUUUCUGACGUCUGCUGACGAGCAGCAAGCGAGGCCAACGAGGGCUUAUUCUGUGGGAUCCAGACCUGAACAAAGCGCCAAGUACCGGAAAAAUAAAUUGGAAAUCCAACAAGAGAUGAGCCGAGUACGUGCCUUCUCGGUCGGCAGUCGCUCAAAGAAGCCAGAAAUCAUGAAUAGGCUUGCAAAUGUUGUAAUAGCGCCACUUGUCCCAGGCAGUAAAGUUCAGUCGAGUAAAUCGAACUCGGCACCUAUGCUGUCGGGCUCGUGGAGUCACAAUUCGGUCGUAGCCACUUCUACAGCUUCGAAAAAUGAUCACAUGGAAGAUCUCAUGGAGUUAGACUUUAGCAAACCAAGUCCACCAGUCAACUUUGUGGCCCCACCUCCACCACCACCUACUUCGUAUUCGCAAACAAAGUCGGUGUAUUCAACAGCUGCUACCACAAACGACACCAGUUCCUACGUCGAUAUGUCGCCUGGACAGCUGCCGAUUUCAACCACUGCCCCUUAUGUUGACAUGAAUGGACCAAACAAGAUUAAUCGAAACAACUUCAACAACAACAGUAUCAGCAACAUUAAUAACAACAACACUACCACUGCCAACAACAACCACGGUCAUUCGCUGAUAUUGUCCCACCCCAAGCCCGUUAUAACACAGAUCACAUCAGCACUCAAGCCCGUAGAGGAGCAGGAAUCGCCUUAUCUGCCGAUGGACCGUGGAAGUUUGGAAGAUUGGUCAAACACAGGCAUUAGCCCAAAACAGAUGCCGUCGCCAUGUCAAGAAGACUACAUGCAAAUGAACGGUCCGCCAGGCAGUGUGAGAACCGCACCGAUGGAUCUACCACAGCCACGGCAGCCACCCGAGGGUUACGUCGAGAUGUCGUUCAAACCUAAACAAUCGGCCUCGAUACUUGAGCAGGACUACACGAAUAUGAGCUUGGGCAGCAGCAAUAUAAAUCAGCGCAGAGACAGCGGUGGUAGCAAUCGAACGAAGCCUCAUUUGAAUAACAAUCGCAAGAAAAAGUCCUCGUUGCCGAUCACCAUUCAAACGAGUACCAAGUCUUACAAAACGCCCAACUACCUACCCUUGAGCGACAGCCCGACCUCGGAAAGUCAGACAAGCACGCCAGCCUCGCCUCCUCGCGCCACCCCAACCGGAUCUACCGCCACGAUAUUCCCAUUUUCACUCAACAGUCCCCAGUCACCCAUCAAAUCCUUUACCGUCCCAACAACUGCUUCUUUGGUCAAGCAACCCCUCUCAGUCAUCACGAGUGAUCCACCCAAGUCUUCCUGUAGCAGAGCGACAGCUGCUUCUUCCGCGAAAGUUGACGUCGACACCCCAGUACUUAUCAUGACUUCGAGAAAAAUCUCGGCGCAGAGUCCGGUUCCUGGCGUCGACGGAUGCCCUUCCUUCAAAAAAGCCCACGACGCCCCUCCUGACAACCCAACCGCGACGACCGCUCCACCUCUUUUAACAGAAAAACGUGUUGUAACAACCGAAAAGCUUGGCAAGCCCGCACCUAUUAACAUCAACCCGAGCACCAUUUCUAAAGAGCCUUUGCGUCACAAAACAAUUUCUGUCACUAUGGUCCAGGAUCCGGCGCACCCCAUAAGUCCAAUCACUAAAAAAUUGUCAGACCUAACUGUGUCCAAGUCACCGCGUCUCAUGACCGCAUCGCCAACGACGAGUAUGCCGACCAGUCCUACGCCGACGGCUUUCAAGCCGGUACAGCCCCAGCAGCCAUCAACCUCGAAGCCAGCCUCGCCGAAGGUAAUCGAGGAUACGACGCCCACCCCGACUCUAACACCCACUUCAACGCCAACACCUACACCUACACCAACUAGUCCGGUGGACAGUAGUGAAGGCUAUGAAAAGCUGCAGCCUGGCGCUACGACAGGUGCAGUGGCUAACCUGCUGGACAGUAAAGAGUACGAGAAGCUUCAGCCUGGCGCAGUUACUGCGGCACCCUCGCUAGUGGUUCCGACGACACCGAAUAACAACUCUAUCGAUAGCGGGGGUUACGAAAAACUCCAACCCGGUGCCACCCUCCUGCAUUACGCUAGUCUUGAACUGCCUGAAGCCACGGGCAUACCGCCGGUCUCGCCUACGCCGAUCCAGGAAGGCUUUAACUACGUGGAAAUCGACUUUGCCAAGAGUAAGCAGAAUUAAUAAUUAUACUAUUUAAACACACGUGCACCUGGCGUACCGGUACAUACAUAUACAAGCGGGUCUGUUUAUGUAAGUGAAUAGUCGCGCAGCAUUAUUAUUGGUAUACAAUUUACAAAAGCUCAUUUGUAACAAGAGAUACCGCUGAAUUUUCGUCGUGUUGGUGUGUUCGACGCCGCUCUGAUCUUGUUUCGCCGAUCAGAGCUGUUAACAGUCGCGCCCUGUAAAUAUAACGAAUUCUUGUAUGUAUCUUAUAAAAAAGAAAAAGAAAAAAAAGGAAAUAAGACUCGAAUAGUUCAUGUACCCUUACAAAAAUCGUUUAGCCAUGAGAGCAUAUUAAUAUAUCAAUAAAUAAAAUAUACAUAUGCAGAUAUAUUAUUAUUAUUAACUAUUGAUAAACGCGUAGUGGUGAUGUCGGCAAUUGAUUUUAUUGUUUUACAUAAAUUGUUGUUAUUUUUAUGAUCUUCCGGAAGUUGUGUAACUGUUUUUGCUUGGUGUAUUCGUUAUAAGUGAAUGCGUUGAAGAUUAUUUAUUUUAUCAGAAACUGCAUAUAUUAUAUGAAUAAAGUAAAACAGAAAUGUAACUGCCAGCCUCGUCAUGUUUAUUUAAUGAAAUAAAAAUUUCUCUUCUGUACAUAUGUAUUCAUAGAAAUAUUAAUAUUGACAAAUAAUAAACGAAGUAGUAAGCAUCGA